UUAUUUAUACACCUCCUUUGGCCUCUUGCAUCAUCAGCUAGUUUACUUGCGCUGGGCAAGUCUCUAGUGCCAGCUUGUUUACUUGUAGAUCCAGGCUCUCUCCUCUCCAAGCCUUUAGCACAGCAAAGUCCCAGUGCCAUCCCUGUUCUGCCGUUGUAUGUGAACCCUCCUAUGCAAUAGCAAGAUCUCCAUCUCUCUCAGCUCUCUCCAGCUUCAUUUCCACUCAAGAGUUGAGCACGGAUGAAGAGGCCGACCAGCAGAGGUUCUUCAAUGGUCAGCGGGCAAGCAACCACAGAUCUACAAGAAGAUAGCUGCAGGUCCAUGGAGCCGCACGGAGUGGACGGCGAUGCUACGGCCGCGGCUGAGCGCGACGACGUGGACGCCGGGGCGUACGACGAGGAGGUGGACGAAGAAGAGGAGCUCGCAGGGUCCCGCGGCGGCCUCGGGGAGAAGAAGCGGCGGCUGGCGGCGGAUCAGGUGCGCGCCCUGGAGCGGAGCUUCGAGGUAGACAACAAGCUGGACCCAGAGCGCAAGGCCCGGAUCGCGCGCGACCUCAGCCUCCACCCGCGCCAGGUCGCCGUCUGGUUUCAGAACCGCCGCGCGCGCUGGAAGACCAAGCAGAUCGAGCGCGACUUCGCCGCGCUCCGCGUGCGCCACGACGCACUCCGCGUCGAGUGCGACGCGCUCCGCCGCGACAAAGACGCCCUCGCCGCCGAGAUAAAGGAGCUGAGGGGCAUGGUGGAAAAGCAGAUGGAGGUGAAGCUGGAGUCCGCGGCGGAGGAGCUGCUGCCGGUGGCGACGAGGUCAGCAGCAGCAGCCGCUGUGUAUAACAAGGACGGGUCGACGGACAGCGACUCGAGCGCCGUGUUCAACGAGGAGGCGUCGCCCUACCCUUACUCCGGCGCGGCCUUAGACCAUCAGCAGCAGCAAGAAACCAGCCACCCGCUGGGCUUCACGGGUUUCACCUCCUUCUUGACGUCCUCUUUCCCUUCCGUAUACCAUGGGGAUUCGCAUUUGGACCAGGAAGCGGACGGCUUCUUCAGCGCCGCCGCCGCCGGCGACGGAUUCUUCGCCGAGGAGCAGAGCGCAGGCAUCGGCAGCUGGUACGGCGGUGAGGGUUGGUAGAACAGCAACAGCUAAGCUGUUGGCUGCCUGGAGGCUGGAGAUCACUCUUGGUAUCGUAUCUACCAUUCUUGUAAAAUAUGGCGCUGUACAUUAUAUUAUGCAUGCAUGGGUCCGGGACGCGGUAACUAUAUACUACUAUGUAGAGUUAAUUUAUAUGGAGUAGUUAAUUUCUGUAUUUUUCACUGGCGGGCUGAAAGCCUGAAACACGGGCUACGAGAGGAGAUAGGCCGGGUAAUACGGUUAUUGUUCUAUAAAUCUUGGUUGACAUGCAGUUAAUUUUU